AUGGCAGCACCUAAGAACUCGGGAUACGUCCAAACAAGUGAUCCUUCCCGGCCACGUUCAGACGCCGUUAUCCCAUUUCGCGAAUUGGUCCCGCCGCCCGGCCACCCAAGAAUCAAGGGUAUUGAGCAUUGCAAUGCGCUCGAAUGGUGCGAAUCAAGAAGGCAGAUCGAGGCUCCGGCGUGGUUGAUCAACCGACUAGCUGCACCAAACCUCGAGAAGCCCUACAAAGGUUUCACCAGCGAUGGUCACGUGGAAGAAGGAGUUUAUCAUUACGCCGAGGAUGAAGGCGCCCCUGUGGAAGCAAUGACCGAAGCUGCGGAAGCACUACUGGCAUUGCUUUCGGCGAAGCAGAAGAAGGCGACGCAGUUUGAGUCAGUUGAAGCGGAUGAGAUCCGGCUGUGGUCAAACCCUGAACUCUAUGUAAAUCCUGGCGGCCUACGUCUAGACGAGUGCACCGCCGAGGUGCAAUCUGCGGUGCAUGAUAUCCUGAAAGCUUCAUUCUCUAAGAAGGGCUAUGAGAAAGUGCUAGGCUGCUGCCUCACAAACGACUUCCUGGGCUACCUCGUGAACGGCAGAUCUGUCAUGAACGAGCACUCCUACAACUUUCGUCUUUUUGGCCAGCCAGAUCUCCAGCGGCCAUGGGGCUACACCUUCUUCGGUCAUCAUCUGUGUCUCGCAGUCGUUGUGCAAGGCAGGCGGUUAGUGAUCGGGCCAACCUUCAUGGGAGCGGAGCCUGAUCGCAUUGACGAAGGCCCUCAUGCAGGAUUAAGGCUGUUCGAGGUGGAAGAGCUACUGCCCUUGAAGCUCAUGCAAAGCUUGUCGCCGGAACUGCAGGCAAAAGCUACGCUGUCCGAAAAGAUGGAUGGGGAGUCUUUGCCGGCGGAUCGGUGGAAUCCGUUUGAUGAAAGACAUCUUGCCGGUGCGAGACAGGAUAACCGCGUGGUCCCAUAUGAGGGUUGUCCGGUCAAGCUUUUCACCAGAGAGCAGCAAGAUCAGAUCAUUGCGCUCUAUGAAGCUUUCAAUGAAUACUAUCCGGAGCAAGUACUCCGACACCGCGUCCAAAACUUCAAGGAGUAUCUCGACCAGACGUACUUCGCGUGGAUUGGCGAGCACGGAGACGAAGAUCCGUUCUACUACCGAAUCCACUCGCCUGUGGCAUUCAUGGAACUGGACUUCCACUGCGGCAGUAAGUUCGUCGGAGUUGUAUCAGUGUAUUUUCUGGGCUUACUCUACAUAGUCUUCCUAACAAAUACCUCGCCGGCACGUUGCCACAUACAUACCACCAAUCGGUUACCCAACAGAGGGGACUACGGGAAAGCAUUACUCGCAUCACUGUGA